AUGAAUGCCCCGCGUGCGGCCUCGGCCACGCGGCUUGCCAUAGGUCGCGCCAUGUUCAGGUGUACCUCAGAAGCCACACGAACGAUCAGGCCGACAAGGACAAUAGGCUCGGGUGUGAGAGUACAUGAAGUCCAAGCCGUGUCGCGGCGCUGCUACGGUUCUGCGACCUACCAGUCGUACACACUUCCGACCAACACGCCGCCACCACCGCCGAGGGGCGAAAACUCAUCAGCUUCGCCGACGACUUCCCACGAACUACAUUCGCCUCCGUCGCCGUCGCCGAGGGUCCAGAAUCCCACAGACGGAAAGAACAGUAUCGAAGCGAGCACAUCUCUCGACACAGGACGGACGACGACAGCCCCCUCAGAUUCGUCACCGUCGUCACCCCCCGCCGCACCCGCACCCGCAUCCACCUCGAGCACCGCCCCCCCCCCCGACGCCAAAACCACACCGACCGCAGGAACCGGCCCCAAGCCUCGCCAACGGCCCAAGCUCCGCGCCCGUAAGGCGGCGAUGAAGCUGACGCCGACGGCGGUGGACCAGCUGCGCGCCAUGCUGGAGGGCCCGGAGCCCAAGCUGAUCAAGGUCGGGGUGCGCAACCGCGGGUGCAGCGGGCUGGCGUACCACCUCGAGUGGGUGGACAAGCCGGGCCUAUUUGACGAGACGGUGGAGCAGGACGGCGUCCGGGUGCUUGUCGACAGCAAGGCGUUGUUCAGUAUUAUUGGGAGCGAGAUGGACUGGGUGGAGGAUAAGCUGAGUCAGCGGUUUGUGUUUAGGAAUCCCAAUAUCAAGGAGGAGUGCGGAUGCGGCGAGUCUUUCAUGGUGUAA